AUGAGCACGAUGACCCCUCUAACGUACCAAAGUUUCAAUGGAACAUUUUUCGAUGAUGUCAACAGUUAUAUCUCUGGAAUUAUCAGUUUGGUCUUUAAUAGCCUUCUGAUUUAUGCGAUAUCCAAAAUUAAGACUUAUACGAAGUCCGUGAGAUUCUCUAUGUAUUCAAUGGCACUGUUGAGAUUGGCUUUUUCGAUAACAAUUGUGUUGACUUGUCCGGCCAUAAUCUACUCCAAAAACAUCAAAUCCUUGUACAUCAUCAAGAAUGGUUACAAUUCUCCAACACCUCUCGGAAACACUUUCCUGUCUUUUUUUGUUGCUUUCAUCGUGAUGUCAUGUAAUGGACCAGCGGUACAAUAUUUGCAAGUGGCCAAUUUGUUAUCAAAAUCCUCACACAAAGAACUCAGCAAAACCAUCUCCAUAAUGCCAAUUGUUGUUGUCAUUACAUCCCUGAUUCUCAUAUUCUUCGGAUACAUUCCUCCAUUUUAUGAAAUCCACAUCAGCAGUUUUCUACUGGAGAAGUUGGCUGAGCAGGGGAAUACAGCGUUUCUCAUUAUCACUGUUCAAUUGACAUUCGACUCAACCGAUGAAAACUAUCCAUUCCAAUUGUUUUCUCAAAUUUGCACAUUGUUCAUUCUGAUCAUCAUGUUUAUUUCUAUUCUGAUAGUCGGAAUUUGCUAUUUUUACAUUCGGAAGCAGAUGAAGAUUCGAUUCUCGAUUAGUUCAGUGUCCACGAAGUCACAGGAACAAUUGAAUAUGGCCCUGUUAUUGCAGUUUAUCCUCCCAUUCAUUACUAUCCAUAUCCCAUUCUACAUCAUUGUCAUUCUUCCAUUUUUCGGCAUUGCCGGAAGAAUUUUAGCUGAUCGAUUUCUUUAUCUUUUCUGCUGGUGUCCAGCGAUCAACCCGAUUCUUGUAAUCGUCAUGGUUAAGAACAUACAAGACCAGCUGGUUCCCAGAAAAAUGUCUAAAAAAUCAACAACAACUAAUACAAAAAUUAGCGGAGUAACUAGCAAAAGCAAAUCUGUCAGGGUUUUCCAUUUGGAAUGA